CGCGGCUUUGGUGUUAAACAAUGUUUAAGAAAUGGCGAUUGUAGGUGUGCGUGGAUCUCAGAAUCAUCACAAAAUGCAAAACUCGUAUUGUGGUGAAUGCAGGAUAAGUCUGUUUUGUGUUUCUAGACCAUUUUUAUGAGCAUUAAUACAGUAUAAAAGAAUGACUACAACUGUAAUAAUAUUGUCAAUACACAGUAAUUUAUGGUCUUAGAAAAAUCAACACACAGUAGGAGGCAUGACGGGAGGCCGGGACCUGUAGAGGGGCGUCGGAUGAGCAGCCGGCAGCAUGGCUCGCAGGAGGAAGGCGGCGGCGGCCAAGGCAGCCGGCAAGAAGGCGCCCAAGCCGCCCAGGAAGGGCCGCGACUCCGGCAAGAUGAACGGGCUGGUGCUGCGGUCCAGGGUGCUGCGGGGGGCAGGGGAGAGCAGCAGCAAGCAGCUGGUGCUGCGCAACACCACCAUCGAGGUGUUCCCGGAGCUCGUGCACAAGAGGUGCGCGGUGGAGCCGGCCGAGGAGCGUGUGUCGUGGGGCGAGGGGGAGGAGGUGGUGGAGGAGACGGUGGUGUGCGAGGAGAUGGAGGUGGGCAGCGUCAUAGAGUACUUGGAGGAGGAGCAGGUGGUGGUGAUGCGGGAGGAGGAGAUAGAGGUGAUCCGCAUCGAGGACGUUGAGUCGCAGGUGGUCGUGGGCGGCGACGUGUCGGGGGUCGCCGAUCACCGUGACGCAUCCGGCGAUGUUAACGUUAAAAGCGUGAUGCAAGUCUCCUGUGACGACGUAGUGAAAGUUAGUGCGAGUAAAAAUAGUUGUUCCAAUAACAAUCUUAGAGAAGCGUGCAGAGAUCAUUUUCAGGUCACGUGUCAAGAUAGCUGUUACGACAGGCCUGCAACAGGUAGCAUAAUUUUCCCAAAUUCAUUUUGUGAUAAAGUUCACGUGGCAGCCACUCGUAAUUUUGAAGCAGAUUCCAUUUCUGGCGGCGAAAAGAUCAUAGAGGUGAAAACGUUUCCGGAGGUGAUUCACGUAAGUCAGAUAGGCCUAGAUAGAUUAGAGUGUAUUUCUAGUACAAUGCGUAGUGUGUCGGAUGAUGCUAGUAAUGAUAGUGUUAUUGUGAGGGGUGUAGAACUAGAAAUAGAAUCAGAACCAGCGUGUGACAGUCAGGAUGUUUUGAUGAACAGGCUUCAAGAUUGUGAAAUGAAGGAACAAGACACUAGCAAUACUUGUAGUGAUGACGUAGGUCCUAGAGAUGAUGCCCCUCAGUUUUCAUCAAACAUGGAGCGUAGUGAAAUGGCACGUGUUUUAGGAAUAGAAUAUGAUAGCCUAGGUGGAACUGUAACUGUCGGUAGUGAUAUUGUUCAGUUGUAUGAAGAACCAGUUGGCGAGAGAAAAAUUUCAGAACAUAAAGAUAGGGGAGAGUGUUUAGAAAAUCCAAUACCUGUUACUAGUAUUGAGCAUGUGGUAAACAAUGUUUGUAAAUUAAAAAUUGAAGAAAAUUGUACUCAAAGUACAAAUGUUGGUUGUUAUGAAAUAGAAAAUAAAGAUGAUGUUCCUUUCACUAACUGUAACGAAAAUAGCCUUCAGUCUGAAGUCGAAGAUGUCUGUGGUAAAGACGAGACAAAUGAGAGUGAGACUGUUAUUAAAUUAAAUCUGGCAGUGAAUGGUUAUGAUGAGAAUAGAGAAAAGCAUGAUGAUGAGACUGAUAUGUCUGGAGAAACAAUGACUGGCAAACAACUAAUAAAAGAGACAGAUUGUGAAGAAGAAGAAAUGGGAAACCAAACAGUGGAAGAAAAAUUUGAAAAAAUUUUUGACGAAGGAAUAGAUGAAAAAAACUUUGACGAUGUGGGAAAAGCCCACGUUAGCGUAAGAGAAAUUGAAGAAGUGGUUUAUGAACCAAAAGAUGGGGUUUGCCAGGAAAUAACAAUUAAAUGUAAUGUUGACGAAACGGAGGAUAGUGACAACCAGUGUAUUACGAGUUGCGUGAACAAAAAAACAAACGAGUUAAUGCAGGCAGAAGAUAGGGAUGAACUGAAAGUGGGUGAAAUAGUCGUGGACAAAUCGAAGCCGGCGGCAGUUAAAGGUGACGACGAGCUGGAAGCGAGAGGAGACCAGUGUCACGAGGAAGGGGAGUUGGCGGACAGGAAGCAGCAGGCGCCGGCGUUCCGCAGUCGCAGCGGCAGCACCGACACCACCAGCUCCGAGAGCAGCUCGAGCUGCAGCAACGGCGUCCGGCGCAGCUCUCGCAUCCGCUCCAUCGAGGUGUCCAAGCAGAGGUGCCCCAAGGGGGAGGUGUCCGGCUCCGGGCUGCCGGACGGCGGGAAGGCGUCCCCGAGGGAGAGCGUCCCCGUGCCCGCGAGCCUGCCGCCGGCGGCGCCCGGCCCCGACCCGGACUGCCUGAAGCCGGUGAAGGUGAAGUCCCGCUGGCGGCGGUCCAGCGAGCUGGAGAUGGGAGGCAGCAGCAGGAGCAGCGACAGUCCGCCCACGCCCAGCCUGUCCCCUCGCCAGGGCCCCCCCGCUGCCCCGCCCACGCCCCUCCCCUCCCCUGCCGCCCCUCCCUCCCCUGACCCCUCCACCGACACCGAGGAGAAGCUGCGCCAGUUCGUACCGCUCGUCGAGAACAUGUAUCUCACGGACAGGCAUACAAGUAAAGAGGCUAAGCGAAUGAUUUGUGACUGCUUUCUUUCUCAAGAGGAAAUGGUUCGUGGGGAAAUGGGAUGUGGUGAAGAUUGUCUCAACAGUCUGCUCAUGAUUGAGUGUGGGUCUCGUUGUCCAGUCGGAGACCGCUGUGCGAAUAAACGUUUCCAGAAACAGCAAUACACAAAGUGUGAAGUAUUUAAAACAGAAAAGAAGGGAUUUGGUUUACGUGCUCUGCAGAAUGUGCCAAGUGGGACGUUUAUUAUGGAAUACGUGGGUGAAGUUCUGGAUCCUAAAGAGUUUCGUCGCAGAGCUAAGGAAUACUCGAAAGACAAGAACCGUCAUUAUUACUUCAUGGCACUCAAGUCUGAUGCUAUAAUUGAUGCAACUAUGCGGGGAAACAUCUCCCGCUUCAUCAACCAUAGUUGUGAUCCGAAUGCAGAAACACAAAAGUGGACGGUGAACGGAGAGCUGAGGAUCGGGUUCUUCAGCACGCGGCCCGUGGCGGCCAGGGAGGAGGUCACGUUCGACUACCAGCUGCAGCGCUACGGCAAGGAGGCGCAGCGCUGCUACUGCGAAGCCGCCGUGUGUCGGGGCUGGAUCGGGGGCGACCCGGAGAAGGAGAAGCAAGUGCGCAAGGAGAGGAAAGAGAAGAAAAAGAAGGAAGAGAAGAGGAAGGAAGUCAGGGAGUUCCUAGACGACAUGGACUUGGAGGAGGAGAUAGAGAAGCUGUGCGCCUCCGGCCUGAAGAACCGCAACCACACCCUGACGCUGAGUCGCCUGAUGGUGCGGGCGGAGGACUGCGUCUCUCGCAAGCAGCUGCUGAAGCUGCUGCAGACGGGCGAGCCGGCGUGCAGGCGCCUGUUCAUCGACUACCACGGUCUGCGGCUCAUCUGGAGCUGGAUGAUGAGCGUGGGUCAGGGCAAUCAGGACAACGGCAUCUCGCUGAAGAUGGAGAUCCUGAAGACGUUGUUGAACCUGCCAGUUCCAAACAAGACGGUUCUGCAGGAGAGCAAAGUGCUCAGUGUGGUGGAGAAGUGGGCCGUGAAGCUGUGUGGUCCCUCGGACAACCACCCCAAUGCUGCUCAUCUCGGUCCCAUCGGGAAACACAGGUCAUCCGUGGAGGAAGAUAGUGGAGAUGGAAGUAUCGUUUCGUACAGCAAGCCCCGUUUUGAUCAGGUCCUACCGACGGACGUAGAGCUUCCCGAUGAGGAUACAGCACAGGACAUCGAGAAUGAGAAACAGCUUGUGGAUAGUGUCACCAAAGAGAAGAGGCCAAACAACCUGCCAGUGAAGACGUUGGAUGCGGAUCUAGACGACGAGGUCGGCGCAGAGAGUGCGCUGGUGAAGAGCGACCAACCAGAGGAUCUCGACAAGGAAGAACAUGUGAAAGCCAGUGACGAGGGAAACUGUGAUUCCGGGGAGCAUAGUAGCUGCUUGGAGCUUGCGUCCAGUUUGCUGGCCGAGUGGGCAAGCUUAAAGGAGGUGUUCAGGAUACCAAAGAAAGAGAGACUCGAACAGAUGAAAGAACACGAGCGGGAAGCAGAUCGAGGUUAUAAAGAAUAUUUGGAUCGGGAAGAAGUCCAUAACCAAAAGACAUAUGACAGGCAUCGGAAGCGAGGUGAAUAUGAGAGGCCACGCGACAGAUCAAAGAGAUCUAAGGAUUCCCCCGAUUCGGAGAGAAGUCGAAAAAUCUCUAGAUAUGAAGACAGGGUGAUUGUGCCGCUGCCUCGCAUAUCCAAGGAGGAGCACCGGCAGCUGUUUGCGAUGAAGGUGGCGCGGCGGGAGGAAGAGGAGCGGCAGCGCAGGCAGCAGCAGGAGAUGUGGCAGCAGCACGAGCAGCGCUGCAUGGCUCUGGGCAUGGACCCCCGCGUCACGUCCGCCUUCGACCCCGGCACGGGCUACCCCUGCUUCUACGACCCCGGCACCAACAUGUGGCAGCCGUACCCUCCGUCGCAAGAUCCAAACUCGCUAACGCCACCGGAAAUUCGACCCUCUCCUAUUUACAAACCGGGCAAUCCUCACAUGCCGGCCCCACCUCUUCUGCAGCCCGCGUACGACCCCAAUAGCCCCCACUACCCUCACGGGCACUCGCUGCCCUACGAUGGCGGGAGCCACGGAGCGUAUGUGGAGGUGAGGCCAGCCCUGCCGCCCGCGGAGCCCCUGCUGCCAGAGUUCAUCCCCCUGCCCACCGGCCCGCAACCCCGCCCCCACCUCCUGCCCCUGCCCCGGCAGCAACUCGUCCCCGCCAGGCUGCCUCCCAAGUGGAAGUCGGCCAAGGACUCGGAGGGCCGUGUGUAUUACUACCACGUGAGGGAGCGUGUCUCGCAGUGGGAGCCGCCCCCCUGGCCCGACGCCAUUCGGCAGGUGGAGACGGACUCCUCCUCGGAGACCAGCGAGGACGACGAGGACGAGGACGACGACGACGAGGAGGACGAAGACGAGGAACAGAGCUCGUCUGACGAGGAGGAGGAGGAAGAAGAGAAUGAGCAAGAGGACAAGGUGGUUGGUGGUGAUGAAGAAGAAAUAGAAGAUGAGGAAAUGGAAGACUUGUGUGAAGAGAGAUUAGAAGAGGAAACAAAUGUUUGUGCUCCCACUGAGGAAUCGCCUCAGUUACCACUUCCUGAACAAACUGAGAAAGUUGUAGAGCAAACCGAUGAAAAAAGCAGGGAGAAAAAGCGUGAAGGAUUGGUACAGGAGCGAAUCAUAAGUAAAGAGAUGCCCAGGAGCCUGGAGCCAGGCCCGGGAGACGUCUGUCCACCCACGCUCCCUUCUGACGCUCUUAAACAGCCUCGGCGAGAAGAGGACAAAGCAGACGCGAUAAAUUUCCGCGAGAUAAAAGAGAAGCUGCGUCGCAAGAAGGAGAGGGAGCAGUCUCGUUCGAGGGAGCACGACAAGAGGCGGCAUCACCGCUCGGGCCGACAGCGCUCCAGCCGGAGCGGCUCCGAGAAGACUCUCUCGAUGGCCGCCGACACGUCCAGUGACUCCGCUCGCAAGAUCAAAGACCAGUUCCGGUUGCAAAUGGCCAGCGUCAUAGUGCAGUACUUGAACCCGUAUCGCAAGCCCGACUGUGCGCGCGGCCGCAUCACCAACACCGAAGAUUUCAAGCAUUUGGCGAGAAAGCUGACACAUUUUGUGAUGGUGAAGGAGUUGAAACACUGCCACAGUGUUGAAGAUCUCGAGUGCAACGAGAAUGUGAAACACAAAGCUAGGGAUUUUGUGAAAAAAUACAUGACAAAGUAUGGCGCAACAUACGAGAGACCAAAAAAUGAUAACUGAAUGGUGUAUAUUUUGUUAUGAUCAAUGUAGAUGUGUGUAUGUCACAGAAGGAGGCAAAACUUAUCCCAGCUCUGUGGAAUUUCCUUUGAGUUUUGCAUUUACAAAACUAUAUCAUAGUACUAAGUGUUUAUGAAUUUUGUAGGAAUGAAUUGUUAAUGUAAAUAGUUUGCAGUAUUUUUGCUGUAGGCAAUGUAAUUUUUUUUUGUGAAUCAAGUAUAGUUUAUUUAAUCACCGAAAUCGUCAUAUUAACAUUUUUUUCUAUUUGUUCUUGUACAUGAGAAAAACUGGCUAACAGUACUGCCUGUAUAAAAAUCGUUAUUUUGCAGUUUGUUGGUGGGGUGUAUAAAUUAUGAAUGUGUUUUAAUUUUAUUUGUUGAGAGCUGUAGCUGCUGUGAAUGUGCCAUGUGACCUCUGAUAACUUUUAGAAUUUUAUCACCACAUGAAAAACAUAAUGGGUGUUGUUCCGAAAUACCCAUUUUUGGUGGCUGUGUUUACACACACAUUGUGUUAGAUUUUAUCGAUAACUGAUUUCAAAUAUACUGUACUUGGUCGUACAUCAUGAUUUAUAUUUAUUGAUUAUGAUUCUGUAUAUUAUAAGAAAUUUUUUGGCAACAAAACAAAAAUAAAAUGUUGAAAAAA